UUUCCCACAUUUCAAAGUAGAAAACCCCUCUUCGUAAGUUUGCUCGGUGGCACUGCUACUUCAACUCACUCCCAAGUUUCCUCCUUUCUCACAUAUAAACAAUGCCAACGUAAGUUUCAGCAAUCACCCUUCAUUUAUUUCCGAAUGGUUUCUCUUGAUGGUCAGGGAUAUUGCACCAAGGCUUUCAAUAUGCUUGUAGAUUGUGAUCCUCUUGCCUUCAUCUUUUUCAUUUAGUGUUGCAUACCAUAAUUGCAGCUGUCUUAUUGAUACAUUGACUGCUACUGAGAGUUAUUGAAGGGCAAAAAUGAGUACACAUAGUAUGUUGGAUAUUGUUGUAAAUGAUAUACUUCGAGUGGUCACACCAUUACAAGAAGAUUGGGAGAUACGGUUUGCAAUUAUUAACGAUUUUCGAAGCAUUGUUGAAUCUGUGGAAAGCCUGAGAGGAGCAACUGUUGAGCCAUAUGGAUCAUUUGUGUCUAAUCUCUUCACGCGAUGGGGUGACUUGGAUAUUUCAAUUGAGCUAUCAAAUGGUUUGCAUAUUUCAUCUGCAGGGAAAAAACAAAAACAGACUUUAUUGGGGGAGGUUUUAAAAGCUUUGAGAAUGAAAGGUGGAGGGAGUAACUUGCAGUUCAUCUCCAAUGCUAGAGUGCCCAUUUUAAAAUUUAAAAGCUACCGGCAGGGUGUAUCUUGUGACAUUUCAAUUAAUAACCUUCCAGGCCAAAUGAAAUCCAAGAUUUUGCUUUGGAUCAACAAGAUAGAUGGCCGUUUUCGUCAUAUGGUUUUACUGGUCAAGGAAUGGGCCAAAGCACAUAAAAUCAAUAACUCAAAAGCUGGAACUUUCAACUCCUAUUCGCUAAGUUUGCUUGUGAUAUUUUAUUUUCAGACAUGUAUUCCUGCAAUUUUCCCACCGCUUAAAGAUAUAUACCCUGGCAACAUGAUUGAUGAUCUUAUAGGUAUUAGAUCUGAUGCAGAGAAUCUUAUUGCAGAAACUUGUGAUGCUAACAUAAACCGGUUCAUAUCAAACAGGGCAAGGUCAAUUAACAGAAAAUCUGUGGCGGAACUUUUUGUUGAUUUCGUAGGGAAGUUUGCUAAGAUGGAUUCAAUGGCCGUGGAGAUGGGAAUCUGCCCCUAUACUGGAAAAUGGGAACAGAUAGAGGACAAUAUGAUUUGGUUGCCCAAGACUUACGCAAUAUUUGUUGAGGAUCCUUUUGAGCAGCCACAAAAUACUGCAAGAUCCGUCAGUGCAGGACAACUGAAGAAGAUAACAGAGACAUUUGCAAGGACGCACGACUUGCUUACCUCAACAAAUCAGAAUCAAAUUUCACUUUUGUCCAACUUAGCACCAGCACAUGUAAUAAGAUGUAUCACAAGGCCUUACGGUGGAGGUUACAUUCACCCAACUCAGCCACAAGUGCAGAGGGGUGUUGCUUACUUUCACCCAACUCAGCCGCAAGUGUUCCGCCCAACUCAGCCACAGGUGCAGAGGGCCAUACGCCCGCUGCAACCGCAGUCGCAACAUCAUUUUCAAAAUGCCAGUCAAGGAACAAGCUCCAACAGUUCAUUUUCAACUGGACAAAUACAAGCGCGUAAAGGAGUGAGCUCCAACAGUUCAUCUUCAAAAGGACAUACGCCGGUGCAUAGAGGCCAACAGAUGUGGAGGCCAAAGAGUUAAAGGGGGUCUCUAUUACUCUGAAAAUGUCAUCAUGGUUUUAGCUUUGAACAGGUUUUGACUAUUGUCUUUCAGUUUACUUGUUAACACAAGUGAUUGAAAGAAUGGGAUUUUGGUUUUUUUUGUGCCCUUGUGGAUCAAAAAGUGAUUAACCGUGUAUAUUACAUGAGGUUUUGGUGGGGGCAUUAUAUUGACGUUUUUACAACUCUUAUGUACUUGUGGUAAUAUUCGGAGCAUGCAAGAGUUUGCAAAAUGGAACUUUGUAUAUGAACCAUAAAUGGUUUUGCUUGUUUAGUUA